AUGAUGUUCCUUGCGCAAGCCUGUAAGAGGGGUCGGAAAUUAGUUCAGGAAUAAAGUUGGGAGAAACUUGCGGAGCUCUGCCUUAGCGCGCCAUGAGGUAGAAAAACACAUUACGUCCCUUUUACGAAGUUUGGAGAGAGUAGUCGCGCAAGGGAAAAGGCAUUGAUCUUAAGUGAACUCCACCCGUGAGCUCUCUGGGAAGGAGCGAGUAAGAUAUAGGUUUUGCAGUACUUCAACAGGAUUCGGAGGGUCCCUAGUAGCACUCAUCUCAUAGCUGCUGGUGACAAGUUUUAAAGGUGUUCCUUUCUUUCUGCAACUUGUGUUUGCUGCUCAGGAUUGUGGUAGUUCUGUGAUUCCAGGAGUACCUACGGAGUUUGUGCAUUCUGUUUUGUACUGCGGACUUGUAUGUGCUUAGCCAGCCGCUCGGAACAAUGGUUGCCAGGCAGAUGCUGUAAGUUGCCUAUUUAAAGUCCAUGUCAUAACUUUUCGAUUGAAGAGGAUCUUGUGGAGUUAGUUUCAAGUCUGUGCUGUGAGAAGGAAUCAAUCACUGGAAAUAAAAGCUGAAAUCUUUGAGAGAAUGGCUAAGGUUGGAGUUAAAGGGGACAGCCUGGAUGGGUCCCAGACCAAUGAAUUUAGUGACAUCAUCAAGUGGAGAUCAGAUGAGCAUGAUGCCGUACAGAAGAAAACAUUUACAAAGUGGAUCAAUGCCCGUUUUUCCAAGAGUGGCAAGCUCCCAGUUAAAGACCUGUUUGUUGACCUCCGGGAUGGCAGGAAAUUAUUGGACCUUCUGGAAGAUCUAACUGGAAACACACUGUCCAAAGAACGGGGAUCUACCAGAGUACACGCCCUGAAUAAUGUUGACAGAGUGCUUCAAGUGCUGUAUCAGAAUAAUGUUGAGCUGGUGAACAUUGGUGGAACAGAUAUUGUUGAUGGAAACCACAAGUUAACGCUAGGACUAAUAUGGAGCAUCAUUCUGAAUUGGCAGGUAAAAGAUGUCAUGAAGGAUAUUAUGUCCAGUCUUCAGCAAACCAACAGUGAAAAAAUCCUGCUAAGCUGGGUUCGCCAAUCAACAAGACCGUACAGUCAAGUUAAUGUUUUGAAUUUCACCACAAGCUGGACUGAUGGACUUGCUUUUAAUGCAAUACUUCACAGACAUAGACCAGGCCUGUUCAGCUGGGAUAGCGUUGCAAGGAUGUCACCAAUUGAAAGACUGGAACAUGCUUUCAGUAUAGCCAAAACCCACCUAGGGAUAGAAAAACUUCUAGAUCCAGAAGAUGUUGCAGUUGCACUUCCUGACAAGAAGUCCAUCAUCAUGUACGUAACUUCAUUGUUUGAAGUUCUGCCUCAGCAGGUCACUAUUGAGGACAUCCGAGAAGUUGAGACUCUUCCAAGGAGGUACAAAAUGGAGAGUGAAGAUGUCCAGUUGAGUAGCCAGCAGUAUGUGUCAACGGAUGAUGAUGCUGAAAGUUCAAGAGCAGAAACACCCAGCACUGUGACCGAAAUUGAAGUGGACUUGGACAGCUACCAGGUGGCACUUGAGGAAGUCCUUGUCUGGCUCCUUUCAGCAGAAGAUGCUCUCCAUGAUCAACCUGCUAUAUCGGACAAUGUUGAGGAGGUCAAGGAUCAGUUUUCGACUCAUGAGAGCUUUAUGAUGGAACUCACUGCACACCAGAGUAGUGUGGGUAAUGUGCUGCAAGCUGGCAACCAGUUGAUAGCGCAAGGCACUCUGACUGAGGAAGAAGAGAAUGAAAUCCGUGAGCAGAUGGGACUGCUGAAUAACCGAUGGGAAACCCUUCGAGUCAACAGUAUGAACAGGCAAGCUAGGUUGCAUGAGGUGCUAAUGGAACUGCAGCAACAACAGUUACAGCAGCUUUCUGACUGGCUGACAGUCACGGAAGAACGUAUUCUAAAGAUGGAGACUCAGCCCUUAUGUAGUGAUUUGCAUUUUCUUAAGAAGCAGAUUGAGGAUCAUAAAAAACUGCAGGGUGAUAUUGAAAUGCAGCAGGUUAAGGUGAACUCCCUAACUCACAUGGUGGUGAUCGUUGAUGAAAACAGUGGAGAGAGUGCUACAGCUUUACUGGAGGUGCAGUUACAGGCCCUUGGUGAAAGAUGGGCGGCAGUGUGUCGCUGGACAGAAGAACGAUGGCAAAGGCUUCAGGAGAUCUUUAUCCUCUGGCAGCAGCUGAUAGAGGAGCAGUGUCUCUUCAAAGCAUGGCUUAAAGAGAAGGAUGACGACCUAUAUAAUAUUAAAAUAGACCACUUCAAAGACCAGCAAGAAAUGAAUGCAAACGUACGGAAAUUGGCACUUUUGAAGGAAGACAUGGAGGUUAAACGUCAGGCACUGGACCAUCUGAGUGAUGCUGCACAUGGUAUAGCUCAGCUGCUUGGUAAUGAUGUGGCCAUACAAAAGAUGGACAAAGAUGUGGAAGAGCUGACCCAGUGCUGGGAUAGUUUAGUGCAAAAGCUCGAGGACUGCUCUGAUAAGGUGACACAGACUGUUGCCAAUACAAGAACAUCCCAGGGUACACAGAAGACUGUUGUGGAGGCAGUAACCAUAAAGGAACAAAGAAUACUCACACAUUCUAAGCAGGAAUUACCUCCUCCACCUCCUCCUAAGAAGCGACAGAUGCAUUUAGAUACUCAAGUUAAGAAAAAGUUUGAUGCUGAUUCUGCUGAGCUGUUGAGCUGGAUCUCAAAAUCAAAGGCCGCCAUUCGUGCUGUGGAGAUCAAAGACUACCAGAAGAUGAGAGAGACUGCCGACAUAAAAGAAACGUUAAAGGUUUUAGAAACUGAAAAAGCAGAAAAAAGCAAGAAAGUAGCUGAAGUGAGCCAAGCAGGACAGACAUUAUUAGAGCAAAUGGAGAAAGAAGGGCUGCCUACUGAAGAACUGAAGACUGUGCUGGAAAAGGUGAUAGCCGAAUGGAAAGAUGUCAGCCGUCAGCUGGAGGAGAUGGAGAGCAAGAAGCAACACCAAGAGAAGAUCAAUGCUUACUUCAGAGAUUUGGAUGAACUUAAAAGACUUGUGAAGGAGAAAGAAGUCUGGAUCAAAUCUUUACCAUCUUCUGUAUCUGACAUUCAAACCUUACAAAUUACUAUGGACACUUGUCAGAAGGAGGUGGCUCAUUUGAUGGAUCUUAACCCACGGAUACAAAAACUUACUUCUGAAUGUGCUUUGCUAAGUAAUCAGGCCGCAGCCCCCCAUUUUCUCCAGGAAGCUCUAGAUAAUCUCAGCAGUUACUGGUGCCUCAUCCUUCAGACUCUACAAAGGAAGCAGCAGCAGUUGCAGACAGAUCUGAGCAGUGUACCUAGCCAGCAGUAUUUGGAUGAAGUUCAAAGUCUAAAGAACCUUUUGGAUGAAACUGAAAGCAAGCUUCCUGCGAUGAGUUUGUUGGGAGCCCCUGGGACAGUAUCAGCGGCGCUGCAGCAGACCAAGGCUUUGCAUGAUUCUCUGGAGAAGAAGAAUUCAGUCAUGGAAAUGCUGGCUGUUGAUACCAAGAGAUUUGAGGAGCAUGCACCUUCUGAGAAGGCAAAAAUUUACAGGACCGAGGUCAAUGACACUGAAGUAAAAUGGGCCAAGCUGAACAGCAGAGUCUGUGAAAAUAUCCUGAAGUUAGAAGACAUUCUUUCACAGCUGGAAAAGUUCCAGACAAAUUGUGACAGACUUCAGAAUAUGAUGGACACUGUGGAAGCAUACGUCGAUGAAGAUAGUCCAGCUCUGGAACAUACUGAAGAGCUGCAGAAACGUUUGGAUAAGUUCACGCUGUUUGAGAAUGAAAUAGAAACUUCAGAACCAGCGUUAAGAAACCUGAAAGAAAUGGAGUCAGAAAUGAAGAGCCGUUCUCUGCCUGGGAUUUCUGCGUGGAUGAAUUCUAGACUUGGCGACUGUCAAGAACGUUGGGAGAAACUUCGUAAACAGGUUGUAUUUCAGAAGAACAAGAUGCUGGAGAGUCAGGAAAGGACGAUGAAUUUAAAGAAGGAUGUUGCAGAGAUGCAGGAGUGGAUGACACAGGCUGAAGAAGAGUAUCUGGAGAAAGAUUUUGAGUACAAGUCUCCAGAGGAGUUACAGGCUGCUGUUGAAGAGAUGAAGCGAGCCAAAGAGGAUGUGUUGCAGAAGGAGGUGCGGGUGAAGAUACUGAAGGAUAACAUUAAGAUGCUUGCUGCAGGUACGCCAUCUGGUGGUGAGGAGUUGACUUGUGAACUUGACGUUGUGCUUGAGAACUACCAACGACUGUGCAGUCGAAUCAAGGGCAAGUGCCAGACUUUGGAGGAGGUGUGGUCCUGUUGGAUUGAACUUCUUCAGUAUUUAGAUGUUGAGAACAAUUGGUUGACUACAGUAGAGAAGAAAAUUCAGGAGACAAAGAACCUACCCGAUAAUGCGGAGGCAGUCAGUGAAGCCCUUGAGUCCAUAGAGUCUGUCCUGCGCCAUCCAGCAGAUAAUCGAACCCAGAUUCGUGAACUAGGCCAAACGCUGAUUGACGGUAGAAUUCUGGAUGAUAUAAUUAGUGAGAAAUUGGAAGUGUUUAAUGCACGCUAUGAGGAACUGAGUCACUUGGCUGUUAGCAGGCAAAUCUGUCUUGAACAGCAGUUGCAAUCCUUACGAGAUAAUGACCAGCAACUUCAAGCCUUGCAAGAGUCACUAGUACAGCUGGAUAAAAGAUUAGCUGCUUAUCUCUCUGACAGAGUGGAUGCCUUCCAGAUUCCACAUGAAGCACAGAAAAUUCAAGCUGAUAUUGCAGCCCAUGAGGAAAAGAUGGAAGAGCUGAGGAGAAAUUUUGGAUCCUUACCCUUAUCCCCAUUGGACUAUAAAACAUCUAAGGGUGGAAAUCAAUUUGAUUCUAUUCAGAGAAAACUCCGUGAAGUAUCGACCAAAUACCAGCUGUUUCAGAAGCCUGCUAAUUUUGAGCAGCGCAUGUUGGAGUGUAAGCGGGUACUAGACAGUGUGAAAGCUGAACUGCAUGUGCUAGACAUGAGGGGGACUGAGCCAGAAGUGAUACAAACACACCUGGAUGGCUGCAUGAAAUUGUACAAGAUCCUCAGUGAAGUGAAGCUUGAAGUAGAAACUGUAAUCAAAACUGGACGUCAGAUUGUGCAGAAGCAACAGACAGAUAAUCCCAAAAGCAUGGAUGAGCAACUGACUGCACUGAAACUCCUUUAUAAUGAUCUUGGAGCACAGGUAACAGAAGGAAAGCAGGACCUGGAAAGAGCUUUACAGCUGUCACGUAAGCUUUCUAAGGAUUCUGCAUCAUUGUCUGAAUGGCUGACUGCAACAGAGAAUGAACUAGUUCAUAAAUCUACAGCUGGCAGUAUGCCACUUGAUAUAGAUACUGAGGUUGCCUGGGCUAAGGGUGUGCUGAAGGAGCUAGAGAGGAGAAAGGCAGAUCUGGGCAGCAUCACUGAGAGCAGUGCAGCCCUACAGUCCUUUGUGGAGGGCAGUGAGUCAGUGCUGGAAGAGAAGCUUUGUGUCCUUAAUUCUGGAUGGAGUCGAGUCCGCACAUGGACAGAAGACUGGUGUAACACACUGCUGGAUCAUCAGAACCAGUUAGAAAUCUUUGAUGAAAAUGUUGCUCACAUCAGUACUUGGUUGUACCAGACUGAAUUUCUACUGGAUGAGGCUGAGAAGAAGCCACCAAAUGAAAAGGAGGAAGUGAUUAAGCGAUUGCUGGCAGAACUGGAUGAUGCCAGCUUGCGAGUGGAUAGUGUUCGUGACCAAGCAAUUAUUCUCAUGACUAGUCGGGGAGUGACCUGUAGAGAACUGGUGGAACCCAAGCUAGCUGAGCUUAAUCGUAAUUAUGAGAAGGUGUCACAGCACAUUAAGGCUGCUAAAUUGUCUUCGGGCCAAGAACCCCUGACCUGUGAACUUAAUUUUACACAGACCACCACCCCUAAGUUUGAAAGGAUGUACACAGACAUAGAAGAGUUUGAAACAGACUUGCAAGUCAUGCUUAAGAACUUGGAAAGGCAAAUCGAAUCAGGCACUCAGUCAAGUAGUGACGAUGAAAAGAUUGACGAGGAAAAAGCAAAGGUGGAAGAGAUGCUGCAGCGGGGUGAACAGGUGCUGCAGCAGCCAAUGGAAGAGCACAAACGUGAAGAGCUCCACAAGAGACUGUUGCUUCUGCAAGCCCGAUACACAAACGUGAAGGAGAUGAAAUUCAUCCAAAGCAAGCAUACGAGUCAGAUCUCUACUGUGUUCUCCAAGUAUCCGUCAGAUCAGGGCAGUCUGCUGAACUGGAUCAAUGAUCAUGAUCAUCGCCUCCUAGGAGGGAAAGGAAGCAAAGAUGACCAGAAGUCAACAGAGGGGAUGAUCAGCCGAACUACAAGUACAGGAAUCUGCCUCUAUCCAUCUGAUUACUUAGUGGAAAUCAACAAGGUACUUUUGGCCAUGGCUGACACAGAGUUGCUCUUGAAUGCAUCUGAGCUGAACAGUGGCCUCUAUGAAGACUUCUCUGGACAGGAAGAUGCACUUAAGAAUAUAAAAGACACUCUGGAAAAACUAGGUGAACAGAUUGCAGGCAUCCACGAAAAGCAGCCAGAUGUGAUUUUAGAAGCAUCUGGAAGUGAAGCUGUCCAAAUUGGUGAUGCACUGACUCAGCUUAACGCAGAGUGGGACCGAGUCAAUAGAAUGUACAAUGACCGUAAAAGUUGUUUCGACAAGGCAGUGGAGGAAUGGCGACAGUUCCAUUGUGAGCUUAAUGAUCUCAAUCAGUGGGUAACUGAAGCGGAGCAGACCUUGGCGGACUCCUGCCGUUCAGAUGGUAGUCUGGAUUCAGCGAAGGCAAGGCUACACCAGCAGGAGCUUGAGGAAGGGAUCAGUGACCAUCACCCAACAUACUUUGCCGUGAACCAGACAGGAGAAGGCAUCAUCCAGCAGCUGUCUACUGCAGAUGGAAAUCUGCUGCAAGAGAAACUGAGUGCAAUAAACCAACGGUGGAAGGCAGUUGUUGCCGAUGUUACGGAAAGACAACAGCAGGGGUUGCGAAGAGAUGACUGGCUCCUUUUGGAGUAUAGGAGGAAGCUAGAUGAACUGAGUUCCUGGCUUGAGAUGCUGGACAGAAAAACUAAACCAGUGCCAGUCGUUCCCAGUGAACACAACCUGAUGGAACUGAAGGCUUAUGCAGAAGAUGUGAGAGUACAGAAUGACAAACUGAGCUGGCUCAACAGGACAAUGCCUGAAGUUGUUUCAGAUCGCAGCCUUAGUCUUCAAGGCAGGGAGAAUAUUUCUGCUAGGUUAAGGGCAGCCAAUCUGAGCUGGAAUAAGGUGACCAGAGAGUUGCCUGAGAGAAUAAAGGAACAUGAAAUGAGUCUUCAUAAUUAUAAUCUAGCGACACCUGUUAAACCAUAUGACCAAACUGUCACACUAGUUUCACAGGGGCCAGCAGCUGUUACACUGAUGUCACCUGUCACAACAGUAGUUUCUUUAACGUCACCUGCACCAUCUGGAGUCACUGUGAUGCCAUUCACUCCUACCUCAGCAGCAGUCAGUAUGACAUCACCUUCCCCAGCACUAGUCUCUUUAAUGUCAUCAUCUCCGGCAUCAGAGUCCACUAUGAUGUCCCCGAGAACAUUUGGAAGCGGCAUGCCUACUGAUCUGGACAAGACUGCCACUGAACUUGCAGACUGGUUGGUCUUGAUUGACCAGAUGUUGAAAUCCAACAUUGUUACUGUGGGCGAUACCGAAGAGAUCAACAAGACCAUCACAAGUAUGAAGGUAACAAAAAGUGAUCUGGAACAGAGACAUCCACAGCUGGAUACAGUCUUCACUCUGUCCCAGAACUUGAAAAACAAGACCUCCAGUUCAGAUGUAAGGACAGCAAUUACUGAGAAAUUGGAGCAGGUGCAGAGCCAGUGGGACACCACUCAGCAUGGUGUGGAGGCACGGCAGAAGCAGCUUGAACAGAUGUUGGAUGAUAGUAUGCAGUGGAAAAAACAACUGGUGGAAGUAGAAACACUAAUUGGACAAAAAGAGGUUGAACUUCAAAGCAUUCUCCAGAACUCUAAAGACCCACUUUUGAAGCAACUAGCAGAAAACAAGGUACUCUUGCAAGAUUUACUGAUGGGACAGCCAACAGUGAGUGCUUUCAAUAGCCUGUCAGAUAGGCUGCUCCAAGACUAUGCCAAUGAUGACACUAGGCGGGUGAAGGAAGCCAGAGAUCACCUUAAUGAAUCUUGGGCAAGUCUUAAUCAAAGAGUUGGUGACAGACAUGCCACCUUGGAGACUGAGCUGAAAGUGGUUCAGGCAUCGCUUCUGAAGUUGGAGAACUUCCUGAAAUGGCUGCAAGAAGCUGACACCGCUGUUAAUGUCCUUACCAGUGCUUCUCAGGUUGAAGGUGUUACACAAGACAGUGUGAGAGUUAAGGAGCUGAAGUGCCAACUGCAGGAUAUACAGGCUGAGAUUGAUGCUCACAAUGACAUCUUCAAGAGCAUUGACAGUAAUCGACCAAAGAUGGUGAAAGCUUUAGGAAACUCUGAGGAGGCAAUCUUGCUACAGAACCGACUUGAUGAUAUGAACCAGCGCUGGAGUGAGUUGAAGGCAAAGUCUGCUAACAUCAGGGCUCAUUUGGAGGCAAAUGCAGAAAGGUGGACUCUACUGUUGUCCUCAAUGGAGGAGCUAGUAGAAUGGCUGAAGCUCAAAGAUAAAGAUCUGAAGAAGCAAAUGCCCAUCGGAGGGGAUCUUACUGUUUUACAAGACCAGCAUGACCACUGCAAGGCACUCAGUUGUGAGCUGAAGGAUAAAGAACCAACAAUUGUCAAUGCGUUGGAUGAGGCAAGAAUGUUCCUUGCAGACCAACCAAUCGAGGGACCUGAGGAACCAAGAAAGAACCAGCAACCUAAGACAGAGCUAACCCCUGAUGAGAAAGCACAACAGAUUGCCAAAGCCAUGCGUAAGCAAUCAACAGAAGUGAAAGAAAGGUGGGAGCAUCUGAACAGAGAUGCCGACAGUUGGCAGAAGCAAGUCAACAGGGCACUGGAGAAAUUUCAGGAUUUACAGGGAGCCGUAGAUGAACUUGAGGAUAGCUUGGCAAAGGCAGAGAAUGAACGCAAUGAGUGGAAACCUGUUGGUGAUCUUCUUAUCGACUGCUUACAGGAUCAUAUAAAUAGAACUACAGCUUUCCAAGAGGAAAUUGCCCCCAUCGGAGAAAAAGUUCAGGCAGUGAAUGAUAUUUCAAGUCAGCUGUCUCCACUUAAUGUACAUCUCUCUCCUUCAGUUUCUCGCCAACUUGAUGACCUCAACAUGCGUUGGAAACUACUUCAAGCUACUGCAGAAGGUCGACUCAAACAGCUGCAAGAUGCUCAUCGAGAUUUUGGACCCUCAUCCCAGCAUUUUCUGUCUACUUCCGUUCAGUUUCCAUGGCAGAGAGCUGUGUCACUUAACAAAGUGCCCUAUUAUAUCAAUCAUGACACCCAGAGCACUUGCUGGGACCAUCCUAAAAUGUGUGAACUGUUCCAGUCACUCGCGGAUUUGAACAAUGUUCGUUUUUCUGCAUACCGUACAGCAAUGAAAAUUCGACGAUUACAGAAGGCACUAUGUUUGGACCUCUUAGAUCUUCACACUGCUCAGAGAAUUUUCGAACAGCACAAGUUGUCACAGAACGAUCAGCUUGUCAGUGUUCCGGAUAUUAUUAAUUGCCUGACAACAACGUAUGAUGGGCUGGAACAGAACCACAAGGAGCUGGUGAAUGUCCCACUAUGUGUCGACAUGUGUCUGAACUGGCUGCUGAAUGUGUAUGACACUGGCCGGAGUGGAAAAAUAAGAGCACUCUCUAUGAAAAUUGGCCUGUUGUCUCUCUCCAAGGGACUUUUAGAAGACAAGUAUAGACAUCUCUUCAGGCAAGUGGCUAGUUCAAGUGACACAUGUGACCAGAGACAACUGGGGCUGUUGCUGCACGAUGCGAUCCAGAUCCCCCGUCAGCUUGGUGAAGUUGCAGCUUUUGGUGGCAGUAACAUAGAACCCAGUGUUCGAAGCUGCUUCGCACAUACCAAGAACAAACCAGAGAUCAGUGUGAGGGAGUUCAUAGAGUGGAUGCAUUUGGAACCACAGUCUAUGGUAUGGUUACCAGUGUUACACCGUGUUGCUGCAGCUGAAACUGCAAAGCAUCAGGCCAAGUGCACUAUCUGCAAGGAAUGCCCAAUCGUUGGAUUUAGGUAUAGAAGUCUGAAACAUUUCAACUAUGAUGUUUGCCAGAGCUGCUUCUUUUCAGGGCGUACAGCUAAAGGCCAUAAACUGAAUUACCCAAUGGUGGAGUACUGCACACCGACCACCUCAGGGGAAGAUGUAAGAGAUUUCACCAAAGUGCUGAAAAACAAGUUUCGGUCAAAGAAGUAUUUUGCGAAACAUCCACGACUUGGCUACCUUCCUGUUCAAACUGUGCUUGAAGGUGACAAUCUAGAGACUCCUGUCACACUCAUCAGUAUGUGGCCUGAGCAGUUUGAUCCCUCACAUUCUCCUCAGUUGUCUCAUGACGACACUCAUUCCAAGAUUGAACAGUAUGCAAGCAGGCUUGCCCAGAUGGAGAGGACCAAUGGCUCCAUGCUCACGGACAGCAGCUCAACCACAGGAAGUGUGGAGGAUGAACAUGCCCUUAUCCAGCAGUACUGUCUGACUCUGGGAGGGGAGUCACCACUAAGCCAACCUCAAAGUCCUGUUCAGAUUUUAAAGUUAGUGGAAAAGGAAGAGCGUGGAGAACUAGAACGUAUCAUUGCUGACUUGGAAGACGAACAGAGGAAUCUUCAAGACGAAUAUGAGACAUUGAAGGAAGAACACCUUCAUCGAAGUCUCAACCCUGCUUCAUUGGCCUCUGACGUUUUGCCACCACAAAUUCCAGAUGAUGCCGAACUUCUUGCAGAGGCUAAACUGCUUCGACAGCACAAGGGACGGCUAGAGGCUAGGAUGCAAAUUCUAGAGGACCACAACAAGCAGUUAGAGUCCCAGCUCCACAGAUUACGUCAGCUUCUGGAACAGCCGGAGUCUGAAUCUAGGGUUAAUGGUGUGUCAUCCUUGUCCUCCCAGCAGUCUACUGUCAACCAAUCCCUACAGCAGGAUGUCAUCCCACAGUUUGAUCACACAGAUGACUUGCUGGUACCACCUCACAACUCGAGCACAGAUUUGGCAGAUGUAAUGGAACAAAUAAACAACACGUUUCCUUCAUCAAGUCCCUCAAACCUAAUUCCCAGACCACAGGUUAUGUGAAUUACCAGUCCUAAGAAGUCUCUAAACAUCAUUGUGACAGACAAAACCUGCUGCGAUGAUCAUCUGCCUUUUUUUCUCAAGAUAUCUAUGUAAAGCCACAAACUCCAGCUUUGUAUAUGAGUGUAUCUACUGAAGGAGUGAACCACUGAAGUCCCAAAGACAAUGAUCCUGUAUUCUACAUGUUGUCUUUUUCUAUGCAAUUGUAAAUUAAUGAAUUGUAGAGUAUUUGGAACUUAGUUGUCAGUGAUUUGUAUAGAUAUGCAGCCGCUGGGGAGGGGGCUUUAUAUUCCCAUUUUUGAUAAGUGACAUGCUCCGUUCACGGGCUUUGAACACGAGCUGUGGGUAGGCAUUCCGUCAGUGUUGUGCAUUCUCUCAUUGUACAGUUCUGCCACACUGGUCAGUACAGCUUUGGUGACAAUUUAUUUAUACUUGUUACAGUAUGCUUUAGUAUGACAAAAUGUCCUAUAAAUGUUUUAUAAGCUCUUACUGUGUUUUCAAAUAAUUGUUCCUAUUUUAAAAUGAUAUUCUAUUUAAAAGAAGAAAACUUGCAUUGUCAUGUAUAUUUUUUUCACUGUUCUAUAGGACAUUGGUUCAGAAGUAAAGAACAGUAUGUUUCUGAAUGAUGAGUGAGCUCAAAGCAAUGUGAAAUUGAAGUCUUAAAAAGAUUUUUUUUAUCCCCAAAUGUGCCUUUGGGAAUACAAUUCCAAAGUUUUAACAUAGUACAAACCUUCCCAGUAGAACUGAAUUCUGGUGAAUUCACUGUCAUACAGAAUUAUAUGUAAUAUAAUUAUUUUUGAAAUGGAAAAAAAAGAAAGCCAUGGCCACCUUUUCUACCUCAAGUCCCAUUUCCUAACAUUGUUAGCCCUUGCCUGUUCCACAUGAAAGAUUCCAUUUUACGGGUCAGUAAGAGGUCUGUUUGUUAAAACAGUCAGUGGCCUGAUGUCAGGAGCAGGUCUGAAGCCCUUUGUUAUUGCUAGAUAUAUAUUAAUUUUGUCAUGGCCUUUCAUUUAGUGCAAACAUUUUUGUAAAACUUCCAUGUAAUAAUUUGUUCUAACACUACAUUGUAAAUGUACCCCUUAAACUAAACCAUUUGAUGAAUGGAGUAUUGUCUUACAUUAGCAUUUAUGCCAGAUAUUUGGUUGUUCCCUGGAGAUAUAGAGAAGUAUAGCUUGAUCACACUACACUACACUGCUAAUAUGGUUACAUAUGUUUUAUUCUAAAUAAAAUUCUUUUUUAACAUA